UCAACAUCCUCCUGUCCAGCUUCCCCCCAUCCUCUCCACUGUCUAUUUCCUCUUGAUCCCUACAGUUGUUUAUUUCUCGUCUGAAUCUCGACUCCAUUCAUUUCUCCUUUUGAUACUAACUCCCUGGCCUCUGACAUCGAUACGAACCUUCCACCAUGCCCAGCGCCACGGGAGAGAACUGGGAGAAGUACAAGAAGAACUUUGCGGACGACGAGGAACCCGAAAAGAAGAUUACACCUCUGACUGAUGAUGAUAUCCAAGUACUCAAGACAUACGGUGCCGCUCCCUACGCCGCUGCAUUAAAGAAGCUUGAGAAGCAAAUCAAAGAUAAGCAAGCAAGUGUGAACGAAAAAAUUGGUGUCAAGGAAUCCGAUACUGGUCUCGCACCUCCACACCUUUGGGAUGUAGCUGCGGAUCGACAACGCAUGGCAGAGGAGCAGCCACUGCAGGUUGCCCGCUGUACGAAGAUUAUACAGGAUGAAAAGGAUUCGGAAAAGAGCAAAUAUGUUAUCAACGUGAAGCAAAUCGCCAAGUUCGUUGUCAACCUCGGGGAACGAGUGAGCCCUACAGAUAUUGAAGAGGGCAUGAGAGUUGGCGUCGAUCGCAACAAGUACCAGAUAAUGCUUCCUUUACCGCCGAAGAUUGACCCAAGUGUGACGAUGAUGACUGUUGAGGAUAAGCCGGAUGUUACAUACGGAGAUGUCGGUGGAUGCAAGGAACAGAUCGAGAAGCUGCGCGAAGUUGUUGAAAUGCCGUUGCUAUCCCCGGAGCGUUUCGUCAACCUCGGUAUCGAUCCGCCCAAGGGUGCUCUGCUCUACGGACCCCCGGGAACCGGGAAAACACUGUGCGCUCGGGCCGUUGCCAACAGAACAGAUGCUACGUUCAUUCGCGUUAUUGGGAGCGAACUGGUUCAGAAGUAUGUUGGUGAGGGUGCGCGAAUGGUACGGGAGCUGUUCGAAAUGGCGCGGACCAAGAAGGCAUGCAUUAUUUUCUUUGACGAAAUCGAUGCUGUCGGUGGUGCUAGAUUCGAUGACGGGGCUGGCGGCGAUAACGAAGUACAGAGAACCAUGUUGGAGUUGAUUACACAGCUGGACGGAUUUGACUCGCGCGGGAACAUCAAAGUGAUGUUCGCCACCAACCGGCCGUCGACUUUGGACCCUGCUUUGAUGCGGCCUGGACGAAUUGACCGCAAAAUUGAGUUCUCGCUCCCGGACGUUGAUGGUCGGGCAAAUAUUCUACGCAUUCAUGCCAAGAGCAUGUCAGUGGAGAGGGAUAUUCGGUGGGAGCUUAUCUCGCGCCUCUGCCCGAACGCAACCGGUGCGGAGCUGCGGAGCGUGGCGACAGAGGCAGGCAUGUUUGCUAUCCGGGCGCGCCGAAAGGUAGCUACGGAGAAGGACUUUUUGGCCGCGGUGGACAAGGUGAUCAAGGGCAAUCUGAAAUUCAACUCGACAGCGACGUACAUGCAAUACAACUGAUCAGACGACGCGUUGCUUCUGUGUUGCAAGGGGGUUACAUGGGGAGACAUGGGGCGUUAAUUAAUUAGUGUCGGAUUCAUACUAAUCGAGUCGACCCGUUCUACCGGACUGAG